GUGCGCGCGGUGAGUCAUCUCUGCGACACGUUUUUCAUGGCCGCCCCUUCGAUCUUCGGUAUUCCUGCAGGUUUCUGGAACGGUUUUCGGAGGAUGUACUUGCAGUAGUUACGUAACAGCGUUUUGGGAGUGCAGCGGCUGUGGCGGCCGACGCUUUCGUUUCGCCGUGUGCUCACUCGACCGCAGCCAAUUACAGCACGCCAGUACAGUUUACAGGAAAACAUUCACCAUUUUGUUUGCGGGCCUCUUGGAAGCGACCGCUCGUGCAGUGUCUCGUGAACAACAUGGAUCUUUUUUAUUUGGUUUUAGUUCGUUUGAUAGAAGCGGUCGGUACAGUCUUGUGAUUUAUUGAUUUUGUUGUGAAGUGGGUGUCGAUUUGUUUGUUUUGUUGGAUUUCCUCGAAGUGUAUUGUUGGACAGCUACGUUAUUGCCAUCUUCAUUGACAUAGGCAUAAAACCGGUCUCGUACCGAUGUGCUAGAGAAAUCUCAUCGACGAGUUAAAAGAAGCCGCAGCCACCAUGUCGUCGGUGAAGGUGGCCGUCAGGGUCCGCCCCUUCAACUCGCGUGAGAUCGCCAGAGAAUGUAAAUGCAUCAUAGAAAUGUCCGGGAACACUACAGUUAUCGUCAAUCCCAAGGCACCUCCCGGUAGCAAGGAAGGCGCCAAAAGCUUCAACUUUGAUUUCUCCUAUUGGUCGCACAACCCAAAUGAUCCCCAAUUUUCAUCACAAGUCAUGGUGUACAAAGACAUCGGUGAAGAGAUGUUACAACACGCUUUCGACGGUUACAAUAUAUGCAUAUUCGCUUACGGUCAGACCGGGGCUGGUAAAUCUUAUACGAUGAUGGGCCGCGGUGAGGAUGGUCAGGAGGGCAUCAUUCCUCAGAUCUGCAAGGAUCUGUUCAGGCGCAUCAGACAGACUACGUCCGAUGAUCUCAAAUAUUCGGUUGAAGUGUCGUACAUGGAAAUUUAUUGCGAACGGGUUCGUGACUUACUGAACCCUAAGAAUAAGGGAAAUCUUCGGGUCCGUGAGCACCCCGCCCUCGGACCGUACGUGGAGGAUCUCAGCAAACUGGCGGUCACCUCCUACCAAGACAUUUACGAUCUCAUCGACGAGGGUAACAAAGCUAGGACCGUGGCGGCUACGAACAUGAACGAGACGUCGUCUCGCUCUCACGCCGUCUUCACCAUAUUCUUCACGCAGCAACGUCAUGACGUCACUACGAAUUUGAUGUCCGAAAAGGUCUCGAAAAUAUCGCUUGUCGAUCUGGCCGGCUCGGAGCGUGCCGAUUCUACCGGAGCCAAAGGAACUCGUCUCAAGGAAGGAGCUAACAUCAACAAAUCUCUGACCACACUCGGAAAAGUGAUUUCCGCUCUAGCCGAAAUUGCCUCUAAGAGCAAGAAGUCCAAGAAGGCGGACUUCAUACCGUACCGUGACUCGGUGCUGACGUGGCUGCUUCGCGAGAACCUCGGCGGUAACUCGAAGACCGCCAUGAUAGCCGCCAUCUCGCCGGCCGACAUCAACUUCGACGAGACGCUCAGUACACUUAGAUACGCGGAUCGAGCCAAACAGAUCGUAUGCAAGGCGAUCGUGAACGAGGACGCGAACGCUAAACUCAUUCGCGAACUCAAAGAGGAGAUCCUGAAGCUUCGCGAACUGCUCAAGGCUGAAGGGAUCGACGUGGAAGAAGGACCAGACGGUAGAGUCAUUUACGAAAAGAAAGAACCGCCAAUCAGCGAACAAAAUUCGUCGCCGCAACGCAAAAAGAGCGAAGCAGAGGUUCUGUCGCCGAAGCUGUCCCGAGCCGCCACCACCAUCGCCGAGGAGGCAGUGGAUCAGCUCCAAGCCUCCGAGAAGCUUAUCGCUGAACUCAACGAAACUUGGGAGGAAAAACUCAAGCGGACAGAACAGAUCCGCGUCCAGCGCGAAGCGGUCUUCGCGGAAAUGGGUCUUGCUGUCAAGGAGGGCAUCACCGUCGGCAUAUACUCGCCGAAGAAAACGCCACACCUCGUCAACUUGAACGAAGACCCGAACCUGUCCGAAUGCCUGCUUUACUAUAUAAAAGACGGUGUGACUCGCGUGGGCACAUCUGAAGCGAAAGUCCCACAAGACAUCCAGCUGUCCGGCUCGCACAUACUGAGCGAGCACUGCAUCUUCGAGAACGCGGACGGCGUGAUCUGCCUCAUUCCGCACCGCGGGGCACUGGUCUACGUCAACGGACGGGAGCUGGAAGAGCCCGUGAUACUGAAGAGCGGUUCCCGCGUGAUCCUGGGCAAGAACCACGUGUUCCGGUUCACCCACCCCGGGCAGCCGCGCGAGCUGCCGCCCGUCAACAAGGCGCUCACAGACUCCACCGAGUCGGCAGCUGAAGUCGCUACCGAGAGCAGCAGCGAUACAGAAAAUCAGAACGUCGACUGGGACUUCGCUCAGUGCGAGCUGCUAGAGAAACAGGGCAUCGACUUGAAGGCGGAGAUGCAGAAGCGUCUGAUGGCCCUCGAGGAACAGUUCCGUAGGGAGAAGGAGCACGCCGACCAGCAGUUUGAGGAGCAGCGUAAGAACUACGAGGCUCGCAUCGAUGCUCUCCAGCGUCAGGUGGAGGAGCAGAGCGUAACGAUGUCCAUGUACAGCUCCUACACGCCCGAAGACUUCCAUAACGAUGAAGAUAUAUUCGUGAACCCGUUGUUCGAGACGGAGUGCUGGUCGGCUCGCGAGGUGGGGCUGGCGGCCUGGGCCUUCCGCAAGUGGAAGUACCAUCAGUUCACGUCGCUCCGAGACGACCUCUGGGGAAAUGCGAUCUUCCUCAAGGAAGCGAACGCGAUCUCUGUGGAGCUGCGCAAGAAAGUUCAGUUUCAGUUCACUCUGCUAACGGACACGCCGUACUCCCCCCUCCCCGCGGAGCUGGCCCCCCGCGACGACGCCGACGACGAGUACCGGCCCAGCGCGCCCACGGUGGUCGCCGUCGAGGUCACCGACACCAAGAACGGCGCCACGCACUACUGGACCCUAGAGAAGCUACGCCAUCGUCUGGAGCUAAUGCGUCAGAUAUACAACAUGAACGAGAGCUCGUGCGUAGAGGACGAGGAGACCACGCCCCUAGGUGCUCCGCCCUCGAUCGGGGCGCCGCCCCCGCCCGCCGACAUCCUACAAUGUAUAUCGGCCUGCGCGCAACAAACCCGCCUCUCCCUAGCCAACUUGCUACCAUCGAGACAACGGCUCGAGUUAAUGCGCGAGAUGUAUCACAACGAGGCCGAGCUGUCGCCUACUUCGCCCGACCACAACAUCGAGUCGGUAACCGGCGGCGAUCCUUUCUACGAUAGGUUCCCGUGGUUCCGUCUUGUUGGACGGAGCUUUGUAUACUUGUCGAACCUCCUGUACCCGGUUCCUCUCAUUCACAAGGUCGCUAUAGUGAACGAGAAAGGAGACGUGAAGGGCUACCUCCGGGUCGCCGUGCAGGCCGUUAUCGACGCCGAGAAGAACAACGCGGAAUUCGCAGCUGGCGUGAAGCAGUCAGCCAAGAUAUGCUUCGACGACGAUGUAGUGCCGCGCGCCCGGGUCCGCGCCGCCAACAGCGUCGACAAGAACAACGCCAUCAACCUGGACGAACGCGCCGUCGAGGUCCAGGACUCGAACAUCAAAAUUGAGGAAUUGGCUGGAGGAGAGUGCGAUGCGGAUAGCGGCCGCGGGGACAGCUCUCUCGCUUCUGAACUGAAAGAGGAAGACUUGCCUGAACACUUGACCCUCGGCAAGGAGUUCACCUUCCGCGUCACCGUGCUCCAAGCUCACAGCGUCGCCACCGACUAUGCUGAUGUCUUCUGUCAGUUCAACUUCCUUCACCGCAACGAGGACGCCUUCUCCACCGAACCCGUCAAGAACGCAGGAAAAAAUACACCACUCGGAUUCUACCACGUGCAGAAUAUAACUGUACCGAUUACAAAAUCAUUUGUGGAAUACAUUAAAACUCAACCGAUCGUGUUUGAAGUCUUCGGUCAUUAUCAGCAGCAUCCGUUACAUAAGGAUGCGAAACAAGAUGGCCCUGUGGGAGGCCGCACGCCCCCGCGCCGCAUGCUGCCGCCCUCCAUCCCCAUCUCGGCCCCCGUGCGGAGCCCCAAGUGGGGGGCCGCCAGUGUGGCGCCGCCCUGCUGCUCCUCGCACCUGCACUCCAAGCAUGACCUGCUCGUCUGGUUCGAGAUCUGCGAGCUCGCACCCAAUGGAGAAUACGUACCUGCCGUGGUGGAGCACAGUGACGAGCUCCCCUGCCGCGGGCUCUUCCUUCUGCACCAGGGAAUCCAGCGCCGCAUCCGCAUCACCAUCCUGCACGAGCCCUCCGCUGACCUGCAGUGGACCGAUGUCAGGGAGCUCGUUGUCGGUCGCAUCCGCAACACGCCCGAAGCCAAUGAGGAUACCACUGACGGGGACGAGGAUGGCGCCCUCUCACUCGGCCUGUUCCCCGGGGAGAGACCCGCGCUCGACGAUCGGGCCGUCUUCCGGUUCGAAGCGGCCUGGGACAGCAGCCUGCACGGCUCGCCGCUACUGAACCGAGUGAGCGCUAACGGGGAAGUGGUCUACAUCACGCUCAGCGCUUACCUCGAGAUGGAGAACUGCGGGCGGCCGGCGAUCGUGACGAAGGACCUGUCGGUGGUGGUGGUAGGUCGCGAGGCGCGCACGGGCCGUUCGCUGCGCCGCGCACUGUUUGGGUCCCGCGCCGCCCGCGCCGACCACAUCACCGGCGUCUACGAGCUCAGCCUGCACCGCGCGCUCGAACCCGGAGUCCAGCGCCGGCAGCGUCGCGUGCUGGACACGAGCGGCACGUACGUGCGCGGGGAAGAGAACCUACACGGGUGGAGGCCGCGCGGGGACUCGCUCAUAUUCGACCACCAGUGGGAGUUGGAGAAGAUGACCCGCUUGGAGCAGGUGGGCCGCACGCGCCACCUCCUCGCACUCCGGGAGAGGCUGCGGCACGGACACGAGAACACGGUCGCGCCCAACGACUUCACCAAGACAGAGAAGGAGGUGUGCAACAUGGCGGCGAAGGCGGCGGCCGAGGGCGGGCGCGACGAGCCCGUGUACGAGCCCUGGGACAUGUCGCCCAAGGAACGAGAGCUCGCCACCAAAUUCAUUAAGCUCAUGCAAGGAAGAAUAGGUUCGACGGGCAAGGAAGUAGAGACCGCAGUGUCUCCCGCCACGCCCGUGGACGAGGGCGUUUCCGCUGACAUCUCCACUCCGAGUCUCCUGUCGUCCAUACACAGCGCUAGCAGCUUUGAGCUGUGCUCCCCGGAGCGCGCGAUGCUGGAGAAGGCGGCGUGCGGGUGGGGGGCGGCGGGCGGCGCGCUGUACGUGCCCGACUGCGAGGAGGUGCGCGUGUCCGCCGCCGUGGCGCGCCGCGGACACCUCAACGUGCUGCAGCACGGCACGCACGGCUGGAAGAAACGCUGGCUGGUGGUCCGGAGGCCGUACGUGUUCAUAUACCGCGACGAGCGCGACCCCAUCGAGCGCGCCGUCAUCAACCUCGCCAACGCGCACGUCGAGUACUCCGAGGACCAGGAGCAGAUGGUGCGCAUGCCCAACACCUUCAGUGUGGUGAGCAAGGAGCGCGGCUACUUACUUCAGACGUUAAGCGACAAGGAGGUGCACGACUGGCUGUACGCGAUCAACCCGCUGCUCGCCGGACAGAUAAGGUGUGGCCACGCAGGUCGCGGUCGGGCCGCCGCGGCGACAAGCCGGCGCCGCUGUCGGCAUGAGACGCCCUCACCAUGGAGUCUAUCCUCGUUUUUUAAAUACGUGUCGAUCGGCUCGACGCACAGACCGCCCAUUAAGAACACUCCUUUACAUAGACAUUGAAACUACCAUUGUUACUCGCGAACUAUUCGAAUUCGAUUUUUGUAUUUUGACCAAAAAAAAAAAAACUUCGUGCUACGCGAUUGUCUAUUUCUACUAUACUCUAUUCCAAUUACGAAGUCCCUUUUGACACUUCUUAGAACGUAACGUUUCGCGUAAUUUGAAAUAAUCAUUUUUUUGUUCGUGGUCGUAAAUCAUCAUUUAAAAAAUACACAAUCAAUCUAAAUCAUUAUACAAUUAAUUCACACACACACACAAAAUAACAUAAUAAUAACAUCUGUCAAAUGGAACUUCGUAAUUGUAAUAGAGUAUAGUUUCAGUUUUAAUUAAAUUUUAAUUGAAGCAAAAUUAAAAGAUCUACUUUUGAUAUUCAGACCUGAUCCUUUUGAAAUAUCUCUUUUAAAAAAUCGUAUCUUCUUGGCUAUGUUGUUAUUUUUGUAGUCUUGAAAAAAAUAAUAAUACAAAGAAUGAAAGUGUCUGGUUUGGUAUGUUAAAUGAUUGGACUCAAAUUAAUUAAAUGACAAAUAUAUGUACCUACAUAUUUGUAUUUUUAUUUAUUUAUUUAUUUGCUUUACUCAGGAAAUAUAGUGUUUUAAUAUUCUCGCAAUUUGUCUCUUCAAUAUGAAAAUAUAUUGAGGAUAUGAGGUCCAGUUAGGACACGGGAGCCCAAACCGUCAAAUGUCUAUUAAAGGGGCCCAUUUAUUUUACGAUUAAAUCCAACAAAAAUUAAUGGGAUUUUACAAAAUAACCGUGAAUCAAUUAUUUUAGCAUAUCCAUUAUUUUAUUAGCAGUAUUGAACAUCGCAUUUAAUGCUGAAUACGAUCUAUACGUAAAUAUAUAUUAUUAUCUAUAUUCCAUAAAUUUAGUAUUUUUAGUAAUAUUUUUCAUUAUAGAAAUGAGUAGUUGGGACCAAACCGGUGCACUGAAUCGAAUCGGGGUACUUAAGUUAAAUUAUUUACACUGAAUAUCAAUGAACGCGCAAUAAUAAUAUUAUAUUUGUAUUGUUCUAUUUGUAUUUGGGCGGUUUCAAUGUCUGCGAAGGUAGUUCGUUCUCGAUAGAGCAAUGACUGAUUUAUCGAUAUCGAUAAACUUGUUUAUCGUAUUAAUUCACUGGCUGUUUGUGACAUUUCUUCAAUAUUUUACUAAAAUAUAUUGAAUGGAUGCAAAUGUCAUCACUCUAUAUACUCAUAAAUGUUAAAGAGACUCAUAACAGCCGUUGGUUUGCAAAUUGAAUAAUGUAUUUAUGAAAUUAUCAAAAAUGAAAUUGUUAUUGCAGCAAAAACAUCUAAUUAUCGCUUAAGAUCUGCUUCGGAUAUUAAUCAAACGAUUUUAGAGUUUUCCUUGAGAAUAUUUACGAGCGAACCAAUGUCUUGAAAUGCGAAUGGCGAAUGUCUGUUUGUUAAUAAAUGCCGAUGCGUGUUUAAAAUCGCUAAUCGUACAGCCUUCGUGCGUUUGAAUUACCGUAUACAUAAUAUAAUGUUUCGCACAAAACAUAUUGUCAUCGAUUGAUAGGCUCCAUUAAAGUGAAUGACGAAAUUAAUUAUUUAUAUAAAACGAAUCCAAUGGUAACGUUGAGACGUCGUUGUAUGUAAUUUAACUUGUACAUACGAAUGUCCCGUAACGGAGGACUAACAUGUCAAUGGUCAUGUUCGGUCACGGUACGUGACGACAGAGUCGGGUACGGACAUUUGUUUAACUGUUCGAUUCACCUCCUUAGUAUUGAUUGUAAAUACAUCGUAGCUAAAUUUAAUAUUAUAUCGAUAUUUUGUCUUUCGCUAUUCGUUCGAAUUAGAUUUUUGUGUUAUCGUAUAAUUCAUAGUAUCGAGGUUUGAAAGUAUUCUAUCUAUUUGGUUUAAACGUCAUUUAUCUUUGUAUUUUAAAGGUUCGUUUUAUUUGGUAUUAGCAUCAACAGUUCCAAGUUUUAAAUCCAAGUUUCCAAGUUUUUAAUAAACGAAAUUUUUUUCAAUUUAUAAACUUCAAACGGAUCUCCUGUAAAGUUUCAAAAAUGUCGCUCAAAUCAAAUACGAAUAUUAUUGUUCAUUCCUCGAUAUUAUUAUUCUCUUCGUUUCGAAAUUCGAAGUAUUGUAUAAAGUAGGUUAAUGUUACAACUGAACGUUUCGUUCGCUUGUUAACGAUCGUCGGUUCAUUCCGUUGUCUAGUCAUGUAUGUUCCCCGUAGUUACGUCGUAUGUGAUAGAGUAGCCCCCAUAGUAUAAUCGAUUCCGUGCCGCGAGCAAUCACGACGUAGUCUACUGUUGAAUCAUACGAAUGUAUUUUAGUUGACACUUUAUAAUAAUAGCAACAGCUGUUCAUUAUUAUAUUUAUUUGUAUUGUCUUAUUUAGUGUGUGAUGUAGUCCAUGUGACUGUAGUGAUUUUUUUUAUCGAUGUUCUUACUUUCGACACUGUUUCUGCAUUAACUUAUUCCCUUUGCCGCUUCGAUGAACGUUACGUCACUAAAACGUAGCUUUUCGAUGAGGUUUCUCUGUUUUUAAAUAUAUUUUUUUAAUUGACACGUAACUUAGGCAUAGCGAUUCGUAGUCAAUGUAAAUAUUUUAACCGUUCUAUGGGUAUAUACUACGUGUUACUGAAAAUAAAUUAAUAAAUGCUUAAUAAAAUUCGAGACAAGUCACGAAUGCUUAGACAGUAGUAGUCUUCGCGUCAACACCAUAAUAUAAUCAGAUAAUAACUAAGCAUAUUACAACGUAGAUUUAAGGUAAAAAAGUAUUAUCCAAAUUUAGAUACGCUGUGUGUUUAUAGAUAAUGUUUCUUAAUAUUGAACUUGAUAUUGUGACGUCGUCGAGAUCGUAAGUUAUUAUUGUAUCUCAAACAUUCCGUUUUGUAAAGCACGACCCUAAAUGGCGUAAAAGCAAAUUUUAUUUUUUCUGCCCUGGAAGUGAUUUGUGGACGUGCUCUACAAAAUUGUCGAAUGUAGGUGCAAUCAUUAUUUAUUUUUGGUAAAAAUGAAAUCGUAACAUAAUAUAAUAUGUCCAAACGAAUACUUCACUAUUACCAAAUUAGUAUAUUUACGUAAAAACAUAGAGAGAUUUAACGUUUUUUCUGAUGUAUGAAAAUAAAAUUGUCGUGCUUUAGCGAAACUCUUAAUUUUCGUAUUCUAGUCAUUUUGAUGUAACAUUCCAAAGUAUGUAAUUUCCUGUAAUUUUUUUUUUAAAUAUAUUUAUAGGGUAAAGUGUUUUGCAUAGCAAAAUGGUGUUUUACGUAGUUGAAUAGUGAGCUGGUAAAGACCACGGAUGUUGUGCGUUAUGCCGAAAAAAAAAAGUCUAUUGUGAACAUUUCCUUUGCCGUUUUAUUAUUUAUUAGUUUUAUAAUUGUGAUUAUAUAAUACUUGAAAUGUACAGCCAACAAUGAGCUGGAUUAUAUUUUUAUAGACGUACUAUUUAAGCUGUGCUUAUCUGUGAAGACGUUUCGUUCUCAUUAUUUUCCUGUGAUUUAUUUGUAGUUGUUGGUACCUAAUCGUUAUUUAAAUAUUUUUGGAGCGUGUAGGAUACUUUGUUUGAUCGCUUUCAUGAGUCUGUGUGGUGCGAGAGAUAUCGAGUGUCUUUGCGAUAUGAUUGUUGACUGUUUGGAGAGAAUGAAAUUAAUUAAAAAUUAUUAUUAUUAUAACAUAUAAAUUUAUGAUUUAAUUAAAUCUUUUGAAAUAAGAAAAAUGUAUGAAUCGGUAAUAUUACUCAUUGCUCUAAAUGUAUUAUCGAAAUAUAUUAUACACAGUGUUAAAGAUCAAUAAAUAAAAUGCUUUGAAAAUUUCCAA